CAUGUCAUAGACAAUUUGAGUGCCUAUGCUAUUGCACUGUUCAUCAUUUUAAAGCCUAAACAUGCUGAUCUUUCUCUAAAAUCUCUGCUGAAAAUUUCUAUUCUAUAUUUAAAGCUGAGAAAGGAUUACCGCUGUAGUACGCCAACUCAGUUUUGGGUACAAAUUACCAAACACAAGAAUGCCUACCCUUUUUUCUUUCUUUCUCGAGCCCCUACCUUCUUACGCCCUAUGGUUCCGCUGGCCCUCUCUCUCCCCCACAUUCUCUGCUAUUCUCUCUGGUCAGUAAUGGUUUAUUAAGUGAUAAACUCACCACUAAGAACUUUUCUAUAUUUAGCAGUUCUCCUUGAAAAAAAUGAAACCUUUCUGCUACAACAUAUUAUCAUCUCUGCUAAAUCUGCGUGGUAGCCUGGUAUGGCAGCCUGCCGUGCUGAAAUGGGUAUAGCUUUGAGAUGGGUUGCUUCUCCACCCUUCUUUACAAAUGGGUUGCUCCAAAACUCCUCCAAAGGCUACACAUUUUCUACUCUGCUUUCCUAAAACUUGAAGCGAACACAUUCUAGAAAAAAAAAACCCCUCCUUUUUGUUAGAAAAAAAUUAUCAGAUUCCUCAAAAAAUCACCUUUUCUCACUUUAGCCCAUUUUUCUAAAAGCUCCCUCAGCAUCACCCCCUAGCUAGGGAAGCAAGAAAUACCUCCGUCUUCACCGAGAGAAGACAUGGGGUGUGUUGCUUCUAAGCUGGAGGGGGAAGAAGAAGUAGUAUCUAUCUGCAAAGAGAGGAAACGUCAACUGAAGCUUGCUGUGGAGAGAAGACACGCUCUUGCAGAGGCACAUUGUAGGUACUGUCACGCUCUCUAUGCGGUAGCAGCAGCCAUAGAUCUCUUUGUCGCUCGCCACUCUUCUCAUGCUUCUCAGUUCCUCAUCACGUUCCCACCACCUUGUCCUCCUCCUCCAACGGAGAAUGUCGUAAACAACCCAAUGUUCCUUCAACAAAGACCCUCUGAUUCCACCACUCACGAAGCCAUCGCUUGUGAAUCGUGUGGGUCCUCAACUCUUUCAGACUCUUCUGAGGAAGAGAGAGAAGAAGAAGAAGCAGAAGAAGAAGAAAGAGCCGAACAGCCCUGUGGGUACUUUUAUAUGGAAAUGCCACCAUCAAUGCCAUCACCACAGAGGGAUUUUGGGUGGGAUUUCUUUAAUUCUUUUGACAGCAUGAGACCCGAGGUUAUCAGUGGGUACCGGAGGAGCUCAGAUGAUGACUUAAGGGUCGUGAGGGAAGAGGAAGGGAUUCCAGAGCUAGAAGAGGAAGGUGACAGAGAAGAACAGGAAACCAAGGUGGUGAUGGUUGAAGAAAAUGGUGAUGUGGAGCAUGAGAGUGGCGUUGAGGUGGUGAAAGUAGUAGAUGGUGCUAAUGUGAACCAAGGAGAGCACAAGGGGCUCACAGUUAUUGAUACCCCAGUGGCAGGAAGGGAACUACUCGAUGCUCUAAAGGACAUCGAAGAUCAUUUUAUCAGGGCUUUUGAUUCUGGCAAGGACGUUUCCAGGAUGCUAGAAGCCAAUAGAGUUUACCUACAGUCCAACCUGGAGGAAAUAAAAGAGAACUCGACUAAACUCAUUCAAGCUAUUACAUGCAACCGGUCCACUUCAUCGAGGACUUCAUCAUGUAAGAGUCUUGUAGCAUCCUCUUCGAAAAGUUCUUCAACAUGGACAGAGUAUAAGAAUGACCUCUUUGAUGACUACGGAGGAAUGGCAUCAGGAAGCCAUUCACUGACUUUAGGAAGAUUAUAUGCUUGGGAGAAGAAGCUGUAUGAAGAAGUUAAGGCUGGAGAUAGCACGCGAAAAAUUUAUGAGAAAAAAUGUUUAAGACUGAGAAACCAGGAUGUCAGAGGAGAUGGUGAACAAACACUGGACAAAACCAGAGCUGCAGUAAAAGACUUGUAUGCCAGGAUCUUGGUUGCUAUUCGAAGUGCAGAGUCAAUCUCAAUGAGAAUUCAGAAACUCAGAGAUGAAGAAUUGCAGCCCCAAAUUGUUGAACUAUUAAAAGGCCUAACGAGAACCUGGAAAAUUAUGUUGGAAUCCCAUGAAACCCAGAAUAAGAUCCUCUUUGAAGUCAGGUCCUUUACUUGCCCCACUUUUGGAAAAUUCUGCAAUGACACUCAUCGACUAGCAACACUUCAGCUCGAGGCUGAGCUUCAUAAUUGGCGGGCAUGCCUCAUGGAGUAUGUAACGGCGCAGAAACGAUAUGUAGAAGCUCUCCAUGGCUGGCUAGCAAAGUUUGUAGUUCCUGAAGUAGAAUUCUACUCUAGGGGCAGAAAUUCAGCUGUGCCAUAUAGAGUUGAUGGACCCCCAUUGCUUGUUAUCUGCCGUGAUUGGUUAGCCUCCAUAAACAAGUUACCAGACAAAGCAGUGGCAUUCGCAUUGAAAAGCUUUGCAAAGGAUGUGAAGGCUCUGUGGGUUCAGCAAGGGGAGGAACAACAACAGAAAAGGAAAGUAGACAGCCUGGCAAAAGAUCUCGACAGAAGGAUUCUGGCAUUCGAGAAGACCGAGAGUAGAUUUCUUGAAUCCAAAUUUACGGAUCUGAAGUUGGAGACAGAAGAGGAAAAUCGGGCGGAGUACUUGACUGAUAAGAAGGAUCAGUUGGACUCAUGGAGAAGGAAGUUGGAUGUAGAGAAGGAAAAACACCACAAUUGCAUGCAAGAAACACAAAGGAUAACAUUAAAUGGAUUUCAAACUGGGUUUUCUACAGUUUUUGAGUCCUUAAUGGAGUUCUCUAAGGCUUCUCAAAAAAUGUACAAUGACCUUGUAACCUGCAGUGAAAAUGCUGAGAAAGCUGGGAAUCUAUCAUAUAUAGAGGGCUCCAUGGUUGAAGACAAUGGCAGCAGAUGACAUCAUACCAAGCUAAAGUAGGGGAAAGAUCUAGGACGUCUGCAUUCUAUAAAAGGUACUGUAUAUUAGAAUGUGCCAAAGCAGCUCGCUGAGACACAUUUAUUUAUGAAAAAUGUUUGGGAAGUUUCUCGCAGCAACGAGAUGAUAAUUGCUAUUAUUAAUAGUUUGUGGUUGCCCACAACUUUUGUUGCAAAACCUGUAAAUUUCCCAUUUUCCAGUUCUUUCCUGGCAAGAAAACCAGGAAGUGCAGGGUGGGAAAUCCAAGUGGGCAAUUCUUGUAAGUAAUUGAACUUUGAUCGUGAACAGGAGAUCGAAUUGGUGGCAAGCCCGUGACAUGUCUGAGAUUGGCCAAUCUUCGCACAGCGUAUACAUCUCGUGCGCACAGAGUUCACCUGUAGAUUCUGAAUUGAAAUUAUCAGA